AUGACCGGUGUCAACUCCCAGACAAACCGCUCCAGCUCGGUAUCAAAGCGCAAGAAAUCAUCUGCCGAAGAGAACCCUUUGGACCAAGAUGGCGCGUCAACAACCAUAACCCCAGAACAACCAACCAAAGCGAAGCGACGCAGAAAAGCCCAAGAUCCAACUCCUCCAGACUCAUCAACAAUAUCCACACCCAACAAUACCUCCGGUGAAAUCCUGGCACCCAAAAAGACCGCAAAAAGGGGACCCAAAUCCAAAGCAACACCCCCACCGAAACGCACUCCAUCUGCACCAUGGCCGGACCCAUUCAAGAAACUGUCACGUACGCACCGCGCCCUGAAUAUAGUAUACACGUUCUGCUGCACGCGGAAGCACUUUGCUACAACAUUUGAGAACAUUAAGAAAGCGGUUCAGGCGCAGAUGGGCGAGGAAUUGACGGUCGAGGAGAUUGCGCGGGUGAGGGUUCUUGUACCGCGGGCGGUCCGGUUUGAGUAUGUUGAUGAGGCGAAACUGGAAGUGAUGAAUGUUGGGGACAAGGAGAUGACGGAGACUUAUGGUCGGCAUGGCAGGUAUGAGCUUGCUCUGUUAUUCGAGUUCGUGGAUGGUGAUUUGAAGAGGGAAACUCAACGAUCUAAGUCCGGGGAGGACGCCAAACCCAUGCGCAAGUUGAAGGAUGAAGAUCUGAAGAUUCCAGUCUACAGUCAGAAGCAGAUGCUCGCGCUAAUCGAGAAGCGGAAUAAAAAGUUCUCAGACGCGGUUGAUACCUUCUUAGUACAGUGCGAAGACGAUAGUACUGACCCAGUUGAGAAACUUGAACGGGAAAAGGAUGCUUGGAUUCCUGUACCUCCAGAUGAUGGUGAUACGGUGCCUGUGACGAGUGCUCCGCCGCAGCAGAUCCCCAAAGAACGCAAAUCUAUGUCAGACAUUAUUACGGAGAUCCGUGAGAUGGACUGGUAUACGGCACAGAUCGUACCAGAGGGCCAUAGGGUGAUCGACGCACAGCCUGCUAUUUACGGGGAGUUGGCGUUUAGGCUUUCUCAGAAUCUCGUCAAUGCCCUGUAUAACACACGGGGUAUCACGCAGUUCUACUCUCACCAGGCGGAAGCAAUCAACCAUCUGUAUGAGGGUCAUAACGUCAUUAUUUCUACCUCUACCAGUUCUGCAUUGGCCCAGGACCAGAGACGCAGUAUGAAAGAUUUACUGCAGUACAUGGAGGAUUUGCAACAUACAAUGGUCGAGACUUUCGAUGGUGACACACCAAUGGAGAAUCGUAAUAUGAUUCGUGACGAGGCGCGAAUCAUCUUCACGAACCCAGAUAUGCUACAUAUCACCAUCUUACCACAGGAGAGCGCCUGGCGUACGUUCCUAAAAAAUCUGAAAUUCGUUGUGGUCGACGAGCUACACGUCUACAACGGUCUCUUCGGAUCCCAUGUUGCAUUCGUCAUGCGACGACUACGCAGGAUAUGUGCAGCUGUAGGGAACCGCCACGUCCGGUUCAUCUCAUGCUCAGCUACCGUGGCAAACCCUGAAGGCCACAUGAAGGCAAUUUUCGGCGUUGAAGACGUCAAACUAAUAGACUUUGACGGCUCUCCCUCUGGCCGAAAGGAGUUCAUAUGCUGGAACACGCCCUUCAAAGACCCCGGCGAUCCUACUUCAGGACGUGGAGACAGCGUCGCUGAAACCGCACGACUGUUCUGCCAGCUAAUCCUGAGAGGCGCAAGAGUAAUAGCAUUCUGUAGGAUACGCAAGCUAUGUGAGGUCCUCUUACAGGCCGUGCGGGCUGAAUUUCAAAACCUCGAAAGGCGUGAGAUUGGGAACUUAGUCAUGGGCUAUCGAGGCGGGUAUAGUCCCCAGGAUCGACGGAAAAUCGAAAAGGAAAUGUUUGAGGGCCAGCUAAUGGGAAUUGUGGCGACCAAUGCCCUCGAGCUGGGCGUCGAUAUCGGCUCUCUAGAUGCUGUCAUCACCCUCGGCUUCCCGUAUUCCAUCUCCAACCUACGCCAACAGAGCGGCCGUGCCGGACGCAGGAAUAAGGAUUCCCUCUCUGUGCUUGUCGGAGACAGAUAUCCCACAGACCAAUACUACAUGAAAAACCCCGAAGAGCUAUUCACCAAACCCAACUGCGAGCUGCAGGUGGAUCUAGCCAACGAACUCAUCCUCGAGGGCCACGUCCAAUGUGCCGCAUUCGAGAUGCCCAUCCGCCCCGACGAAGACAGCAUCUACUUCGGGCAACAACUCCCCGAAUUCGCCGCCACACGCCUCACACAAGACGCCCUGGGCUUCUACCACUGCCACGAACGAUUCCGUCCACAGCCAUCCCGCUGCGUCUCCAUCCGCGACACAGAAGACCAGCACUUCGCCGUCAUCGACACCACCAACGCCCGAAACAUCGUCCUCGAAGAAGUCGAGGCGUCGCGCGCCUUCUUCACCAUCUACGAAGGCGGCAUCUUCCUCCACCAGGGCCAAACAUACCUCGUCAAGGAACUCAACCCCGACAGCCGGUUUGCGCGCGUCGUCCGCGUCCACGUCGACUGGAACACCAUGCAACGCGACUACACAGACAUCGACCCCAUCGAGACAGAAACCAUCCGACAGAUUAGCCCGACGACGAGCUCGCGCGCCUUCUACGGCGCCGUACGCAUCCACGCUGUCGUCUACGGCUUCUUCAAGAUCGACAAACGAGGCCGCGUUCUCGACGCCGUGGCGGUUGAUAACCCGCCCAUCGAUAUCCUUACCAAAGGCAUGUGGCUCGACGUACCCAAACGGGCCCUCGAAAUCCUCGAAUCAAGACACCUCAACAUUGCGGCUGCCAUACACGCUGCCGAACACGCCGUCCUCUCACUACUCCCCACAUUCGUCAUUUCCUCCCCGGGCGACGUGCGAACAGAAUGCAAGGUCGCGAAAAAGGAGCUAGGCAAGAAUCUCCGAGUCGCCGUCGAAGCCCGAAGCAAGGAGAAAGAGAAUAUCCAGAAUAUCCUCCGACCUCCUGCCCGCCAACGACCCGCCCGAUUAACGUUCUAUGACGCCAAGGGCGGGUCCUGCGGCUCUGGGAUUGCAGGAAAGGCGUUUGAAUUCGUCGAUGUACUUCUUCGACGCGCGGUAGCGAGGAUCGAGGCCUGUCAGUGUAUUACACCAAAGGGAUGUAUCGAGUGUGUUUGCGACGAACGGUGCAAGGAGAUGAAUGAGGUGAUGAGUAAAGCUGGGGCAGAGGUUGUGCUGAGGUGUUUACUUGGUUGGGAGGUCGAUGUUGAUUCUUUGCCGUGGGGUGAGGAUGUGAACGGGGAGGACGGGAUGGGGGAAUUGGCGGGUGGAUUGGAGACGGUUGUUCCGGCUCAGGAGGUUCGGGUUCGGGGUUGA